UUUUUCUCCUCUCUUUUUAAAGCCUCGAAAAAACUGGAAGGGAAGAGAGAUUAGACAGCUCCACAAAGGCAAAGACCAAGGAGACACAGACAGAUUCGUUCUUUUGCAACCUUAUUUUAGUCAUCUUUUGGUCUGAAAAAUAAUGUUCAACUACCAUUAAAGAAAACCCAUCUCCAUCUCUUUCACUUUCUGUGGCUUUGUCCUACUCGCCUAAUCCCCUUAAGUCUGCCAGUAAGAGGAAGAUUUGCCCACCAUAAAAACCCAAAGCAAUAGCUGCUGUACCACUAAGAUUUAGUUUUUGGCUUACAUAAACGAAUAGAUUAUUUACAUAUCUAGAGAUAGCUAGAGAAAAGGAUUAGUAGUGGGAGGAGGUUCGGGUCCUUUUUUUUGGUUAAAAAUGGAUAAAAGCUGUCACUCUUCUGGUGACUCUAGCACCAACACGACCAGUAGCUCCAACGCCAACAGCAUUAACAAUCGAGAUCAUUACCUUAAACACCUCAACAAGCUUUCGCACAGGAUUUCCAAACCCUCCUCCACCCCUAACACCAACGCCCUUCCUUUCAUAAAAAAACCUUCCUUUGAUCAUACCCAGAACCUUACCCAGGCGCUGCCACCUCAGCCAUCUAAACCCUCCCAGCCUUGGCCUCAGCAUCAGCCUCAGAAUUCUAACCAAAGCAAUCUACAGGCUCAACAACACCAGCCACCCGUUUACAACAUCAACAGAAACGACUUCAGGGAUGUCGUACAGAAGCUAACCGGUUCACCCGCACACGAACGGUUCUCUACUCCUCCACCAAUCCACCAACCCCGACCACAAAGCUCUCGACUUCAGAGGAUCAGACCUCCUCCAUUGGCGCACGUUAGCAACCGACCUCCCAUGAUUAAUUGUGCCGUCCCUAAUAUGAACCCUCCCGGUCGCACUCAACCUAACCCUCCUAUCGGUGGUGCCACUGGUAAUAGCUUCAUUCAAAGGGCACCUGCUGCGGCACCUCUUUCGCCACUCCCGCCAUUUCCAGUUGUAGACGCUGCUGCAGAAUCGCCGAUCUCCGCCUAUAUGCGAUACAUCCAAAACUCCAUGUCCACCACUGUUGACUCCAAUCCAAAGCAAUUCUCAGGAUUUUCACCAUUGGCCCCACUCGUUUCAUCCCGUUGGAACAACUUAGCCGCCCCACAACAGCAACCACUGCCGCUACCGCCUUCGCAACAACAGCCACAGCAACAACAACAACAACAUCAACUGCCACAGGUAUCAUCAACGGGGAUGAUCCAGUCGCACUUACCGUCAUCACCACUAUCAUUCGGGUGCCUGAAUUCUCCACAGUCACCGUACGCUUUACUGUCCCCAAGUUUUCUAUUUUCUCCAAAUUCGGGUCAAUUAGGAUUCCCGCUUUCACCAACGGUGCCCGUUCCGAGCCCAAAAUGGCGAGGUCUUUGAUAAGUUUUAAUUUCGGGGAAGCCUUCAAAAUGGGAAAAUAUCUGGUGUUAGGGUUUUUAUAAAUGGUUACGGUUGGUGGAGAAUUUUAUUCAAUUACCAGUGGUUGGAUAAAGAAAAAAGUGUCUCACCCUGGUCUGUUAGAAUUUAGAAGCUUGUUUCUUUUUUCAUUUUUCCUUUUUGUUAUGUAAAAACAGAAACUUUAAAUUAUGUUCUUUUGUUUUUGUUGAAAAUUGGGUUGAGAAAAAUUUUAAAUAGCCAGUUAUUUAUUAGACAUUAGUAGUAUUAUUAGUAUCUUGUGUUUAUGACUUUAUGUUUUAUCUGCUAAUCUUAGUUUAGCCAUUUAUGGGUAUGAAAUAUUCAGUUUUCUGGACAAUAAUUGGAUAAGCUGUUGUUUCUGUUGCUGAUUAUCAGACAUGAAUUUAUCAUAGAUUUUAAGUAGGUUGAUCAGUUUUUCUUAUGAAUUGUAAGGGCUCAUGAUCCCAGUAUUUCAAAUCCUGAGUGGUUUAUUGGAUCACUAGGAUUUAUAACAUCUACCUUGUGUUGGUACUGCUUUCUAAGAAAAGAAACAUGUUUCCUAACUAAUUAGAUCUGUAGCAGGAGUUUGAUGUUGUAACCAAAGUUUGCAAUGUCUGCCAGCCUCCUUAGAAUUCUG